AACUUAAGCUUCCCUUGUCGUUGCUGCAGAGCUGCUAGCAGGUCUGCAUCUCUGCAAACAUGUUGUCUCUGGGAAACGCUCUUCUACAGACACCGGAAAAUGAAAAUGCAGGGAACAAAAGGAUGCCGUGUCCUUUGCACGGCUGUAAGCGAGUGUACAAAGAUACGAGCGCCCUGGAAAGCCACAUCAAGGACCACGAGAUCCCGGCGACCAGUCUGCCAGGUAAAGUGCUGCUCUGCUCCUCCAGCGGCUGUGGCUGCUCCUUCACCAGCAUGCAGAAACUGAUGGACCACAUGAGGCUUCACCACAAACCCAACAUAUACUUCCAGUGUGAGAGCUGCCGGACGAAGCUGCGUACCUACCGUAACCUGCUGGGACACCUGCACACCUGCUCCAAAGUGCCCCGGGGCAAACCCAAGGACCUGCCCGCCCCCCCAGCGUCUGCCGUGAGCAGCACCAAGGCCGCGGAGCAGCCGCCCCCCCGGCUGGAGUCCAUGUCCUCGCCCCCUCCUGGGGGUUUCCAGCUGGCAGGCCCAGCCGGGCCCCUCGCUGCCCCUCAGCUGGGCCCCCCCGGGCCCCCCGGGCUGGGCUUCCCCGAGGCCGGCCCUCCUACGCUGACUCCCCUGCAGCUGGGGGAGCCGCUGGCCCAGCCCCUCCCCAGGACUGAAGCCUUCCUGCAGGCCCCCUCCCUCACCCUGGCUGCUCCCAGACUGCCCCUCCCCGCGGAGCUGCAGGCUCAGCUCCUCUCACACACCCGGCCCCCAGACUCCUUCCUCCCCGCUGCAGCUCCAGCAUCCUCCCCUCCCGGCUCUACAGCUGUCUGGAAGAAGAAUCAAGGUGUGUCGUGCAGCAGCCGGGUCCUGUGGGAGCACACCAGGGGGCGCUACACCUGCGUGCAGUGUGGACACACGGUCACCAACCGCAAGGAGAUGACGCAGCACAUCAGCAGCAAGCACGGAGGGAACAGAGCUGCAGAGGAGACGGGGGGCCCAGCCCGGCCCGGGGGCCCAGCCCGGCCCGGGGGCCCUGCAGGGGCCGGGGGCCUCCAGUCCAGCUGAUCAACGCCCUCCAUUAAUGCUGUUGUGUGUAAUUGUUUGGUUUUCACUCCCCCGUCAUCCCUUCACAUGUUUACAUGGUAGAUUUUUUUCUGCACUUUUCCCAUCUUCACCUGUUUAGACACAAGUUGUGCAGACUCAUCGUCAUCCUAGUGUUGGAAAUUCCAGAUAAGUAGUAGUAGUUUCUGCUGGAGUUUCCUGUAAAACUGGCCCUGAUUUUUGUAGCAUUAAAAAACUAAAAAGGAUGUUUUAAGUUUUGCAGCGUUCAGUUUUGGUGUUUGUUUGGAAUUGUUCAAAUCAAUGGUUUGUCAUGGCUGUAUUUUGAUUUUACAGUCCAGACAUGACUUAAAUGAAAUGAUAGAAAUAAAAAAGUAUAUAUAUUUUUUAUUGAA